AUGGAAGAAGAAGUCGCCGCGCUCGUCAUUGACAAUGGCUCUGGUAUGUGCAAAGCUGGCUUUGCCGGUGAUGAUGCGCCACGAGCAGUUUUCCCAUCCAUUGUCGGCCGACCUCGCCACCAUGGUAUCAUGAUUGGUAUGGGUCAGAAAGACUCCUACGUCGGCGACGAGGCCCAGUCCAAGCGUGGUAUCCUGACCCUCAGAUAUCCCAUCGAGCACGGUGUCGUCACCAACUGGGACGACAUGGAGAAGAUUUGGCACCACACUUUCUACAACGAGCUGCGUGUCGCUCCCGAGGAGCACCCAAUUCUGUUGACCGAGGCCCCCAUCAACCCCAAGUCCAACCGAGAGAAGAUGACCCAGAUUGUCUUCGAGACCUUCAACGCUCCCGCAUUCUACGUCUCUAUCCAGGCCGUCCUCUCGCUGUAUGCCUCCGGUCGUACCACUGGUAUCGUGCUCGACUCCGGUGAUGGUGUCACUCACGUUGUCCCCAUUUACGAGGGUUUCGCGCUUCCUCACGCCAUUUCUCGAGUGGACAUGGCUGGUCGUGACUUGACCGACUAUUUGAUGAAGAUCUUGGCUGAGCGCGGUUACACUUUCUCCACCACUGCCGAGCGAGAAAUCGUCCGAGACAUUAAGGAGAAGCUCUGCUACGUCGCUCUUGACUUUGAGCAGGAGAUCCAAACUGCCUCCCAAAGCUCGAGCUUGGAGAAGUCCUAUGAGCUUCCCGAUGGUCAGGUCAUCACCAUUGGCAACGAGCGAUUCCGAGCUCCCGAAGCGCUCUUCCAGCCAAGCGUCCUGGGUCUCGAAUCUGGCGGUAUCCACGUCACCACCUUCAACUCCAUCAUGAAGUGCGACGUUGAUGUCCGUAAGGACCUGUACGGCAACAUUGUCAUGUCCGGUGGUACUACCAUGUACCCAGGUAUCUCCGACCGUAUGCAGAAGGAAAUCACUGCUCUCGCCCCAUCAUCCAUGAAGGUCAAGAUUAUCGCUCCCCCUGAGCGUAAAUACUCGGUCUGGAUUGGUGGAUCCAUUCUGGCGUCUCUUUCUACCUUCCAGCAAAUGUGGAUCUCCAAGCAGGAGUACGACGAGAGCGGUCCAUCGAUCGUCCACCGCAAGUGCUUCUAA